ACCAUGUCGGGCACCCCUCGCAGCUCCGGCCCGCCGCCGGGCUCGUCGACGCCGCUCUCCCCGACGCGCAUCUCGCGGCUGCAGGAGAAGGAGGAGCUGAGGCAGCUCAACGACCGCCUGGCCCACUACAUCGAGCGCGUGCGCUCCCUCGAGCUCGAGAACGACCGCCUGCUCCUGCGCGUCUCCGAGAAGGAGGAGGUGGUCACGCGCGAGGUGACUGGGAUCAAGGCCCUCUAUGAGUCGGAGUUGGCAGAUGCUCGUAGAGUUCUGGAUGAGACUGCAAGAGAGAGGGCCAAGCUCCAGAUCGAAAUAGGAAAACUGAGAUCAGAGCUUGAUGAACUCAAUAAGAGCUAUAAAAAGAAAGAUGGCGAGUGGUCCACGUCCCAGGGUCGCAUCAAAGAGCUUGAAGUCCUCUUCCACAGAAGCGAAGCGGAGCUCACGGCCACCCUGACUGAGAAGCGCAACCUGGAGGCAGAGGUGGCGGAUUUGCGUUCCCAGCUGGCGAAGUCCGAAGACGCCCAUGCGGUGGCCAAGAAGCAGCUGGAGAAGGAGACGCUGAUGAGGGUGGACCUGGAGAACCGCUGCCAGAGCCUGCAGGAGGAGCUCGACUUCAGGAAGAGCAUUUUUGAAGAGGAAGUGAGGGAGACCCGGAAGCGGCACGAGCGCCAGUUGGUAGAAGUAGACAGCGGCCCAAAGCAGGACUACCAGUCCAAGAUGGCCCAGGCCCUGGAGGAUUUGCGUGGCCAGCAUGAAGAGCAAGUCCGACUCUACAAGCUGGAGCUGGAGCAGACCUACCAGGCCAAGCUGGAGAAUGCCAAGCUCUGCUCCGAUCAAAAUGACAAGGCUGCCAGCGCCGCGCGGGAGGAACUGAAGGAGGCCCGCAUGAGGAUAGAGUCUCUCAGCUACCAGCUCUCUGGGCUGCAAAAGCAGGCUAAUGCUGCUGAGGAACGGAUCCGGGAGCUGGAAGAGCUGAUGGCCAACGAGCGAGAGAAGUUCAGGAAGAUGCUGGAUGCCAAGGAGAGGGAGAUGACGGAAAUGCGGGACCAGAUGCAGCAGCAGCUCUUGGAGUACCAGGAGCUCCUGGACGUCAAGCUGGCCCUGGACAUGGAGAUCAGCGCUUACCGGAAGCUCCUGGAAGGCGAAGAGGAGAGGUUGAAGCUUUCUCCCAGCCCUCAGUCCCACAUCACCGUCUCACGGGCCACCUCCAGCAGCACCGCCGGCACCCCCAUGGCUCGUUUCUCCCGAGGGAAACGCAAGCGGAUCGAGGCAGAGGAGCUCUCCCGCAGCAGCUCCAGUGGGAUUGGGACUGGGAGCAGCAGCAGCACUGCCAGCAGCGCCUUCCAGGUCUCCCAGCAGGCCUCGGCCAAAGGGAGCAUCAGCAUCGAGGACGUGGACCUGGAAGGGAAGUACGUCCAGCUGAAGAACCGCUCAGACAAGGACCAGUCCCUGGGCAACUGGAGACUGAAAAGAAGGAUUGGAGACGGGGAAGAGAUUGCUUACAAGUUUACUCCGAAGUAUGUCCUCAGGGCUGGGCAGACUGUCACGAUCUGGGCUGCUGAUGCCGGCGUGGCCCACAGUCCACCAUCGGUCCUCGUGUGGAAAAGCCAGGGGAGUUGGGGCUCCGGUGCCAACAUCUACACUUACCUGGUGAACUCUGAUGGAGAGGAAGUAGCUGUGAGGAGCUUGACACAGUCCAGUGCUCUGCGGGAGAACGAGGAAGACGACGAGGCGGAGUUUGGGGAGGAGGACCUCUUUCACCAGCAGGGGGAUCCCAGAACGACCUCCAGAGGAUGCGCAGUCAUGUGAAAGGAAA